UUUUUCUUAGGAGUGCAUCUUCUCGACUCGAGCAGAACAUCUUUGCGCUCUCAGUGACGCCCACUCCCUUGGGCGCAUGCGCAGUGUGUCCACAGCGGCGACUAAGUGCAGGAAUGAUGGCGUCCUCGGCUGUCCGCUGCUCCUCACGCUGGAUUACAGUCAUCGUGUCCUCUGGACACCGCCGGGCCGUCGGUGCAGUUGUCUGCGCUGGCCGUGGAGGGGUCCGCGGCGUUUCAACACUGUCAGCGGAAAAACUGUGGCGAGGGGGCAGCCUGUCGUGUGGCGGAGCCGGGAAAGCGUUGACAUUGAGAGGGCUGUCAGGUAUCAAAUCGCCAAAUGCUGUUUCCUCACUGUCCUUUCACACAAGUGCCCCUGCCAGCAGCAAGCAGGACUUCUAUCAGGUCCUUGGCAUACCUCGCACAGCGACCCAGAAAGAGAUCAAGAAAGCCUACUACCAGAUGGCCAAGAAGUAUCACCCUGACACCAACAAAGAAGAUCCACAAGCCAAGGAGAAAUUUGCUCAGCUGGCCGAAGCUUACGAGGUCUUAAGUGAUGAAGGUAAGAGGAAGCAGUACGAUACAUAUGGCUCAACAGGCUUUGACGCGGGUCAAGCCAGUGGAGGGCAGCAAUACUGGUCUGGACAGACGAGCAACGUGGACCCAGAGGAGCUGUUCCGCAAGAUCUUUGGGGAAUUCUCAGGAGGCCGCGGCUUUGGAGACUUCAAUGCCAUUUUUGAUCAGCCACAAGAGUACAUGAUGGAGCUCACUUUCACCCAGGCAGCAAAAGGAGUCAACAAAGAGAUCUCUGUUAACAUAGACGCAGCCUGUCAGCGCUGUGAUGGUAAGGGCCACGAGCCAGGCUCCAAGGUCCAGCACUGUCACUACUGCAAUGGCUCCGGCAUGGAGACCGUAAACACGGGACCGUUUGUGAUGCGCUCUACGUGUCGACAGUGUGGUGGCAAAGGCACAGUCAUCUCCAACCCCUGUCGCUCCUGCCGUGGGAGGGGGCAGACCAAGCAGAAGAAGAACGUGAUGGUUCCUGUUCCUGCAGGAGUGGAGGAUGGUCAGACAGUCAGAAUGCCUGUUGGUAAGAAGGAGAUCUUCAUCACAUUUAGGGUCCAAAAAAGUCCUGUGUUCAGGAGGGAUGGUGCAGACGUCCACUCUGACCUCUUUGUCUCUGUGGCACAAGCUGUGCUAGGCGGCACAGCCAGGACACAGGGCCUUUAUGAAACUCUCAACUUAUCAAUCCCUGCAGGCAUCCAGGCAGACCAGAGGAUUCGUCUGUCAGGAAAGGGAAUCGCUCGUAUCAGUGGCCACGGCUUCGGAGACCAUUAUGUGCAUGUCAAAAUAAAAGUACCCAAGACACUGACCGACAGACAAAGAGCUCUGCUAAUGAGCUAUGCUGAGGACGAGACAGACGUGGAAGGGACGGUGAACGGUGUCACUGCCACCACCACAGGUAAAAGGUCAUCCUGGAACUGAGGAGCUUCAUUAGCAGUAGAUCAGAGGACAGCGUAGAACAAGAAGCACCACAUCAUAAAGAGGCAGGUGGUCGAGGAAUAUUGGGUGUUGGAUGAGGCCCACAGAGGUUUAAGACGGAUCAGUACGGACCUACCAGCCCUGCAGAGGAUUACCUGCUCUGUUUUUCUGCCAAAGUGAAUCCACACACAAGAGGAUGUUUCAGUGCCCCAGUGUUGCCUCCUUGUCAAAUGUCCAUCAAGGCCUACAAAGACUUAUCAUUGAGCAUAGCAGUCGGUGCACGUCGAUUUUCCUGUUGAUAACCACAAAAACCUUGAACGAUAGAACAGAAUCUAUGUGCACAGAAAUAAAUUAUUGUCUUGAUCAAGACAGAGAGUUAAACAUUAACUGACCCUUCUGUUAUUAAUCUUUUUGUUCUCUAUGCCUCUGUAAUGUCUUCAUGAACGCUUGAAUCUUUCCCUAAAUUCUCAGCGUCGUCAGUGCUCACAGGGCAUCACCAGACUUACCCAUGUUUACCCUUAAAUUGUUGGGACAGUGAAGAUGUGUCUCUGCAGUGGUUAGUCUGUCUCUUUUCCUCUCAAACUUGAAGGUUUGGCUCUCCUCAGCUGUGAAUGCUUCUGACCGGACUCUGUCCCACGUUUAGCUCUUUGCAUUAAGAAUUCAGUUUGAGUUCUUCAUUACAUUUGUACAUAGACAACUGUGGAUCAUACAGCUGCAUCAAUGUGUCACAUAGGAGAUAUACUGUACAUCUAUAAUAAAGCUACGGUGUGGGAAAAGCU